AUCGCAUCUCUUCGAGCACGCCAUUAUGUCGACCGUGCGGCGCAAUUGGCGCACGAUUUUGUGUUAAUUUAUCGAACGAUGAAUUGCAUUUUCUGCAUGAUCGCGCGCGUGAAAAGCAUGUCGUCGUGUGCACAUCCAGCUAUAAAUAGGCCCUCCAAGAUAGCCACGCCUUAAUCACCGCGACGUCGGUAUGGGCACGGAUAUAUUAACGACCAAUUCUUCUGACAUUGCGACAAGCAUUCGUUUUACAAUUCGCAUUGACGUAUUUAUUUUCUGUCGUGCAUCUUGUCCGUCGUGCAGCCUAACGCGCGAAGGUAUCCGCAGACUGAAUUCGAGAAGAAACAGAUCGAGAAAUCUGGAGGAUCAUGAUGUUUGCAAACAGGACAAACUCACCGUGAUAAUUAAGGCAAAUUAAGGUCGCGCCAUGCGAAGCAUGCCGGUAAACGUCUUCCUUCGAUGCAACGACAUCGUUCGAAAGCCAGGGAGGAUCGCGGGUUUAUCUCGUUGCUACUCGGCCAACGCAAAGCCGGAAUUAACGUCGAUCCGGUACAAAGUACGUCGCGGCCCUUACGCCUCCAUCUCGACCGCCGACGUUCGUUUCUUCGACGGCUUACUUGGCUCCCAUCGAAUUAUCACGGAUCCGGAGGAAUGUGAGAGUUACAACAUCGACUUCCCCAACACGGUGAGAGGUGCCAGUCGGUUGGUGCUAAAACCGAGAUCUACCGAGGAGGUAUCAGCCAUAUUAAAAUAUUGCAAUGAGAAACGAUUAGCGGUCUGCCCACAAAGUGGUAACACCGGUCUUGUAGGAGGCAGCACACCUGUGUUCGACGAAAUAGUCGUCUCCAUGAAGCUCAUGAAUAGAAUUUUGGAAACAAAUCAUUUGGCAGGUGUACUGACAUGCGAGGCUGGCUGCGUUUUACAGGAUUUGGAUGAACACUUGGCCAAAGUCGGACUGAUGAUGCCUUUGGAUCUUGGAGCUAAAGGUAGCUGUUUGAUCGGUGGUUGCGUCUCCACUAAUGCAGGUGGUCUGCGACUUUUGCGUUACGGAAACCUCCAUGGAAACGUUUUGGGUGUCGAAGCCGUGAAGGCUAAUGGCGAUGUCGUGGAUGCGAUGAGCACGUUGAAGAAGAACAACACCGGAUAUCACGUAAAACACUUGUUUAUCGGUUCAGAGGGAACAUUGGGUAUUGUCACAAAAGUUGCCAUACAGUGUCCGCCAUUACCCAAAGCCGUGAAUGUUGCGUUUUUGGGACUCGUCAGUUUCGACAAAGUGUUGGAAACCUUUUAUCUGGCGAAAAAAGAAUUAGGCGAAAUUCUGUCCUCCUGCGAGAUGAUGGACCGACUGUCUUUGGAUGUCUCUAUUAAUAAUUUAGGCAUGAAAGAUCCAUUAACAACACGCAAGAACGGACACGAUUUCUAUAUGAUUAUAGAGACUUCUGGUAGUCAUCUCGCGCACGACGAAGAAAAGCUUUCUUUGUUUGUAGAAAAAGCGAUGGAUCAAGGCAUUAUCGAAGACGGUACUCUGACUAACGAAACGGCGAAGGUUAAUUACAUAUGGGCUCUGAGAGAGAGGAUCAGCGAAGGUGUUCUGCGUGACGGCUACGUCUUCAAGUAUGACAUGUCUCUGCCUCUUUCAUCUUAUUAUGAGAUCGUCGAAGUCCUACGAGAACGAAUGCGCGAUCCUCGAAUUACCCGAAUUAGCGGUUACGGUCAUAUAGGCGACGGCAAUAUUCACGUGCAACUGUCCAUACCUCAAUAUUACGAGGACAUAGCCGCCCAAAUAGAGCCAUUUAUUUUCGAAUUCGUCUCUGAGCGUAAAGGUAGCGUUAGCGCAGAACACGGCAUCGGUUUCAAGAAGACGAAGUAUCUUCACUUGAGCAGGAAUUCCUCCGAAAUCGAGAUGAUGCGCGAUUUGAAGAAACUGAUGGAUCCAAACGGCAUCCUAAAUCCGUAUAAGGUUCUACAGCCGACCACAGCGACAGUUUAAUUACUUUAUAUGAUAAAUUUUUCAUGUGAUGUGAUAUAUAACAUAAAUAUGCAGUAAGCAGUCAAUUGGACCUAAAUUUGUUGAAAACUUCAUUCUGAUUAAUCUGUUUUUGUCAUGAUUAUUCAGUGUAUAUUGUGCAAGAGAAGUAGAAGACGAGUUGCAUUGAAACCGUGCCAUUGCCUACAGUUAACUCGAUUUAUCGUUGUAAAAAAACGCCGAUGUAUCAUUGCGGGCUAUUAAUAUAGGAGUAUUUGGCGUUACGUGUGCGCUGAUGUCACACGCAAUAUUUGGUAAGGGUUUUUCUUAGUUGUUUUCCACGUGCCAAUAGAAGCAAGUACAGCAUGACUAAUACUUCAAGAUAGAUAUACUACAUAAAUGGCAGCAAUUGUGAAAUAUACUUUUAUUAAGCAAUUAAAGAAAUAUAUUUUUUAACUGAAA